AUGAACUACAACGAAAGUCUGGUUAGGUUAAAUUUGGCAAAGACAGCAUUGAAAAAAACUUUGGAAGAUGAGUCGGCUUCUGGUCCUUUCAGUGUCACUAGGGAACUGUUGAAGAGAAAGUUAGAUUUAGUUGAGGCAGUAAUCGGAGGUUAUUCCCAAAGUUUUGCCCAGGAAAUAAGUGAUGAUAAAAUUGAGCGGGCUUUUAGUGAACUAUACGGCUUCACUAAACAGAAGCAAAAACUAAAAGAUCUUUUGUUGCUUCAAGAGAUUGGAAAAGCAGAGAAUAUUGACGUUUCGGAGGGAGGAAAAGCCUUAUGCUUUGUGGGUCCUCCCGGCGUAGGGAAAACACAUUUCGCCCAAAAAUUUGCGGAAGCAACUGGUCGGAAAUUUUUUGGAAUUGACUUAGGAGGAGCUAGCAGUUCGGUUGAAAAACCAGGUAAGGACCCUCAUCAUGGUGCUAUAGAAGAUGCUCUUUUGAAAGUCCUUGACUCUAAUCGAAACAGAAACUUCAGGGACCAAUUUUUAAAUGUUGAAAUUGAUAUUAGUCGUAUUACUUUUAUUUGCACUGCGAAUAAGUUAGGAAAAAUCUCGGAACCUCUAAAGAACCGCUUGGAAAUUAUUGAGUUGAAGGGAUAUAGCAAGUCGGAAAAAAUUGAAAUUGGUAAAUUGACAAUUGAAAAAAUUUUUCGGAAAAAGUUUAAGAACAAAAAUAGGAACCUUUUUGAAAUGACUGAGGGAGGCCUGCGUGCUUUAGUUAGCAAGACUAAUGAAGAGGGAGCCCGGCAAUUAGAAAGUAAAAUAGAAGAUGAAAGAGCAGACAUCACACCUGACCUGGCAGCGCGACUAGCCCUAUAUUUUAAUAGUACAGUUGAGUUCUGGCUUAAUCUACAAAGAAGUUAUAAGGAAGAAGUGGCAAAAGAAAGAACCGAACUGUUAAAAGAAGAAAUUGUUCCUUAUAAAGAAAAGCGGGAACAAGAAAAACAAUUUAGCACCAAUCUAUUAGAUGAAAAUAAUCUUUUCAGCAAGGUUUUUAAAGAGUAUGGUGAGAGCGGAGGAAGACCGGGAGAAAAAAAAUCUUACCCUAAAGGCACUUUCGAGGAAAUCUCGGAUUAUAUUGAAAAAGAUAUUAAUGGACUCUUGAUUAGUGAGGGCAAGCGAUUCCCUGACCUAACUAAUUUGAAAGAACUUAAUGAAUGGGUAAAUAACUUGACUGAAAUAAACGAAAGAGGCAGUUUAUUAUUACAUGAUCGCUGA